UCAAGCACCGUCGAGUGAAUGAAGUCAGCUGAUCUGUGCUUCGAGUCGCGUUAUUUCUCAUCAUUUUUUCUCCCGCAGCCCGAAUUUUCUCCGAUCCUUCACGUGAUUUCAGACACACACCUCUAACAUGGACUUUUCCAAGCUGCCCAAGAUCCGAGAUGAGGAACGGGAGGGACGGUUUGGAUACGUACACGGCGUCUCCGGACCUGUGGUGACGGCUUCCAGCAUGGCCGGGGCUGCAAUGUAUGAGCUGGUGCGUGUGGGCCACAGUGAACUGGUGGGAGAAAUCAUCCGGCUAGAGGGAGACAUGGCUACCAUUCAGGUGUACGAAGAAACCUCUGGCGUGUGUGUUGGUGACCCGGUCCUGCGUACAGGGAAGCCCCUCUCUGUCGAACUGGGACCCGGCAUCAUGGGCUCCAUCUUUGACGGUAUCCAGCGUCCGCUGAAAGACAUCAAUGACCUGACCAAGAGCAUUUACAUCCCUCAAGGAGUGAACAUCGGCGCCCUCAACCGUGAUAUCAAAUGGGAGUUCUCGCCCGCCAAGAGUUUACGGGUCGGGAGUCACAUAACAGGAGGAGACAUCUAUGGUCUUGUGCUUGAGAAUUCUCUCAUUAAACACAAAAUCAUGCUACCACCCAAAAACCGUGGUACCGUCACUUACGUGGCACCACCUGGCAGCUAUGACGUCUCGGAUGUGGUGCUGGAGCUGGAGUUUGAAGGGGUGAAGGAGAAGUUCACCAUGGUGCAGAUUUGGCCUGUGCGCCAGGUCCGACCUGUUACUGAGAAACUGCCUGCUAAUCAUCCUCUGCUAACUGGCCAGCGAGUGUUGGACGCCCUUUUCCCGUGUGUACAAGGAGGGACUACAGCCAUCCCAGGGGCAUUCGGGUGUGGCAAAACCGUGAUCUCUCAGUCCUUGUCCAAAUACUCUAACAGUGACGUUAUCAUCUACGUGGGCUGUGGAGAGCGAGGUAAUGAGAUGUCCGAAGUACUGCGAGAUUUCCCUGAGCUAACCAUGGAGGUGGACGGGAAGGUGGAAAGCAUCAUGAAGAGAACAGCUCUGGUGGCCAACACCUCCAACAUGCCUGUAGCUGCUCGAGAGGCCUCCAUUUAUACAGGAAUCACUCUGUCUGAGUACUUCAGGGAUAUGGGUUACAACGUCAGCAUGAUGGCUGACUCAACUUCACGAUGGGCCGAGGCUCUCAGGGAGAUCUCUGGUCGUCUGGCCGAGAUGCCUGCUGAUAGUGGUUAUCCUGCCUAUCUGGGAGCUCGUCUGGCCUCGUUUUAUGAGCGCGCUGGCCGUGUGAAAUGUCUUGGUAAUCCUGAAAGGGAAGGCAGUGUUAGCAUCGUGGGAGCUGUGUCGCCCCCUGGUGGAGAUUUCUCCGAUCCUGUGACAUCUGCUACGCUAGGUAUUGUUCAGGUGUUCUGGGGUCUAGAUAAGAAACUGGCCCAGAGGAAACAUUUCCCAUCUGUAAACUGGCUCAUCAGCUACAGUAAGUACACGCGAGCGCUGGACGAAUAUUACGACAAGCACUACCCUGAGUUUGUGCCGCUACGCACCAAAGCUAAGGAGAUUCUGCAGGAGGAAGAGGACCUGGCUGAGAUCGUUCAGCUUGUUGGCAAGGCUUCCUUGGCUGAGACAGAUAAAAUCACUCUUGAAGUCGCCAAGCUGAUUAAGGAUGAUUUCCUGCAGCAGAAUGGUUACACACCUUAUGACAGGUUUUGUCCGUUCUACAAGACGGUGGGCGUCUUAUCAAACAUGAUCGCCUUCUAUGAUAUGGCCCGGCAUGCAGUGGAAACCACCGCCCAGAGCGAUAACAAGAUCACCUGGGCCAUGAUCCGUGAGCACAUGGGCGAGAUCCUCUACAAGAUCAGCUCCAUGAAAUUUAAGGACCCUGUGAAGGAAGGUGAGGCAAAGAUUAAAGCUGAUUACGCACAACUGCAUGAGGACAUGCAGAAUGCUUUCCGUACACUGGAGGACUAGGUACCUUUCAGCGUCCACAUCAGCUGAACUCGGCUGUCUUUCUUUCCCUGUCUUUCUCUCCAUCCACCAACAUUCCACUUCUUUCGUUUCACCCUUCCUUUUAUGGUGUAACUUUUGACAUAAAGAACUUCCUCCAUUUUGUGUGUGUGUGUGUUGUAGUUGGUUGUGUUUGUGUUUUUGUGAGUGUUCCAGAUGUAUUUUUCAUUUUUCGUACACCACUCUACUGCCUCAUCAUUUUAUCCUCCAGUGUUGUGCGUGUGGUUUUUUGUUUUGUUUUGUUUUUUUGUUUUGAGACGACUAGAUGAACUGGUGUAAUUAUCAUUCCAAUGUUCUCUGUACAGACGAUUUGAGAGAUGUGAUGAAUUAAACAGAGUUACUAUUUAUUGCUUGGAGCUCUGAUGGUUGCUUGUGUUGUUCUUUGCUGUGUAAUAUAAUCGGGGCGUCACACUUCUCUCCUGCACCGCUUGUGUGACAGUGUUGAAGUCCUGCAACGAUAAAAUAAAAAUUAUGAAUGUGUAAGUUUUAA